CUCUCUCUCUCUCUCUCUCUCUCUCUCUCUCAACGACGAUUUGACAAUCAGUCAAAUCUCAUAACCCUCCUUUCCAUUGAUUUCUUGGACCCAGACGUCUUUCAGAAAUAGAUUCGACAAUUACAAUUGCAAAAUUUGCCGUGCUUAUUGCUUGCAUUUAUUUGCCCAACACUCAUUCAUAACUUGAAACCUCGAGAUCGAAGUCACUCACUCAUUUCGAUUACUACCAAGAAAACACUACAUUCCUGUCGUCGUUGGUUGAUACCCAAUUGAGACUAAGCCUUCUUGACGAGAACAUUCUCAAGACCAUAUCUACAUUCCAACGACCUCGAAAUCUAAGAUAAAAUCUAUUUCGACUUUCAACCCAACACAGUCUUUCUCCCAAUAUCACAUUCAAUAUGAAGAGCGCCAUCUUGUCCCUCGCGGGUUUCUCCCUUGUCCAAUUGACUUUGGCUCAACCAUUCAACCGUCACAAUGCUCACCGGGCAAUUCAUGACAAGAGAAACUUGGUUACAGUGAUUGAUACCGUCGUCGUCGAGGCUACCGAGGUUCCAGAAGUCAUCAUUUAUGUUAGCACCGACGGUACCCCUCUUUCGACUACUACCGAAUAUCUUGACAACGAACCCACGACCAUCUAUCAAUCGAACCCAUCUGUCGCUACCUCGAGUGCCACCGCUACCACUACUCCAGCUGCCGAUGUUCAAGCUGCCGCCGCUGUUGCCGUUCAACCAUCGACUCAAACCACCGCCGCUGCUGUAAGCACACCAGCAGCUCAAGCUCCAAGUGUAGAGGUCUCUGUCGCCGCCUCCGCAGUUUCUGUAGCUUACACUAGUUCUGCUUCCCCUAUUGCCUCUACUUCUACCAGUGCUGCUGCUCCCGUUGUCAGCUCCUCUAGCAGCGCUGCCGUUGUUUCGGUCCCAGCGUCUUCGAGCUCUUCCACCACUUCUUCCGCUGCAGCCGCAUCCACUUCAGCUGUCGCUGCAUCAUCUGGAGGAUAUGGAUUCGCAUACUCUCCUUACAUGGCCAAUAACAAUUGCAAGACUCAAGACCAAGUGAACCAGGAUUUUGCCGCCAUUCCAUCAUCGUACUCUACCGUCCGUAUCUACGGAACAGAUUGCAACCAAGUAGCUACUACUUUGGUAGCCGCCAAGAAGUAUGGUUUCAAGAUCUUUGCUGGUGUAUAUGAUUUCGCUGAGGUUUCAUCCGAAACUCAAGCAAUUGUCGAUGCUGUUGAUGGUGACUGGAGUUUGAUUACUACCAUCUCCAUCGGAAACGAGUGGGUCAACAACGGUGUGACUGAUGCUGCUGGUGUUGCCAGUGCCGUCGCUACUGCUAAAUCUAUCCUUUCUGCUGCCAACUACUCUGGAAAGGUUGUAGCCGUUGAUACCUUGGCUGCCACUAAGCUUUACCCAAGUCUUUGCGACAAUGUUGAUUAUUGCGCUGUCAAUUGCCAUCCUUUCUUCGAUACUAACACGGCCGCCGAUGCUGCUGGUACCUUCCUUAGCACCCAAAUCUCCGAGUUGAGAGCCCUCUUGUCCAACCCUGAUAUGGACAUUGUGAUCACUGAGACCGGAUGGCCAUCCGCUGGAACAUCUCACGAUCAGGCUGUCGCCUCUCCUGAAGCGCAGACCACUGCUAUGGCAGCUAUCAAGGAUCUUUUUGCAUCCAACGCAUCCAACGUCUUCCUUUUCAGUACAUUCAAUGAUUACUGGAAGGUCAACACCGCAGCUCUUUUCAUGGCGGAACAAUCCUGGGGAUACCUUGGAAAUGCUCCUUCUGAUGUAGCAGCUGGCUUGGUCUAAAUUCUCACGCAGACCUGAAUGACGAUCUGAUCUAACCUUUGGAGUAUUCACGGCGUUCUUUGGGGUUUGUGACCAAUAUGUACAUACAUGUGGUGUGAACAUACAAAAUCUUUUUCUGCUAUUAUUGUACUUGAUGGAGUGGAAAGGAUUGAUGAAUGGAAAUCUGAGAUAAAACAUGAGUGUAUUUCAUACUGUUGAGAGCCGACUGUUGGGUACCAGGCUCCGAGUAUAUACUGCGCGCGGUUUGUGGUGCGGAGGUUAGAUGGGCUGAGGACGCAAAAUGGUGCUGGGAGCCUGAUGAUAGAAUGGAGAUACUUUUCAAUUGUACAUAUUGUAGUUUUUAUUUGGAGGGAGAAAAGAGAGAAAUCACGAUACCUACCUGAAUGAUGACAACAAUCGGGGAUUUUUUGGUCUUAAUUUGUUUCGUAUGCUUCGUGAUGUGGUGAUGGGAUCUAUUCGGGGGCUUGAGUAAUCUGGACCUCGAGGUUUCGAUAUUAAUCGAAGGCGGCA